AUGAAUCAAGACUCUAAUAAGCGAUCGCCGUCUCAAUCCAUUAUUACGAUCACUGAUGAUUUGACUUUCAGUGAGGAAUACCAUUGUUCUUCGCACUCGGUGCAAAAUGUCGAAGCCUCGGAGGAUCAAAAUUCAGGGCAAAAGGAACUUAAUAUUGAUUCGCAAAACGAUCUUUCGCUGUCUCCUGUUCGAGAAGAUAUAAAUAAUACCAAAACAGACAGAGCUGAAUUAUAUAUCAUCCCAGAAGAAAUCGAAGAUUCUAAUUUACAUGCUGAAUAUGCUUCCUUGUCUCCCCCCAUUAACUCAUUUUCGGCUGAUGAAGAUUUAAGUAUUCCAGAUUUUGUAUGCGCUGAGCCUAAUUUUGACUGGUCAAAUGGAAAUAAUGCAUCAGUGCAUCCUUUGUUAGAUAAUAUAAGCGACACGGCAUACAUUUCCACUGAAGAUGGAAUUACAGCAUCUGAUUUUUCUCAAAAGAAAGAAAAAACGUGGUAUCUUGAUGUUGGGGAACCAUCAGACUUGAUUAAC